UAUCUGAAUCUAGUUCACUUAUUGAAAAUUGUCAUUUGCUUUUAUUGCUUUGCUGUCACAGUUUACAUCCGGGCACCAAAAGAUGGAACCAGUUAUAAAAGGUUGCCAAAGUCUAGUGCUAUCAAGGUUAUUGAUUUUGGCAGCACAGCCUAUGAGCAUCAAGAGCACAAAUACAUUGUGUCGACAAGGCACUACCGGGCACCUGAGGUUAUUCUGGGACUUGGAUGGAGUUAUCCAUGUGACAUAUGGAGUGUUGGUUGCAUCUUGGUAGAGUUGUGUUCGGGAGAAGCUUUGUUUCAGACACACGAGAACUUGGAACACCUAGCUAUGAUGCAACUUCUCGAGUGUCACACCGGACCACACAAGUGUCACUUGAUUAAUUAAUUAUACCAUAAGAACAUGAAAGCAGAUAAAUUAAAUCAGUUGUAUUCAAUCGUAAUCAUAACAAGAAAACAUGUCUUCUUUA